AUGCGUCUUCUGACUUCAACCGUGUUUCUGCUACCAUUUCUCGCCUUUAGUGGGGUCAUCAGUAGCGAAGAUGGGUUGCAAUCGACGACGAGUGUCUGGCCGAGUGAACAGGAAAUAAAUAUUACGCACGAGCUAGUCGGAGAAUCGAUCGUUAAAUCUACAACCGAGAGGAGUGACGUACCUACAGCAGAAUCGGACCUGAAUAAUAUGUCACAAAAAAAUACGACCGAAAAUGAUUCUUCAAAGGACAAUAUAACUAAACUGAUCGUAGAAAAUGAUAGUGUGCUAGAAAACGAUACAGGGAAUAAAUAUAUAUCAAAGAACGAUGGCAAAAAUACCGAUCAAGGUACAACUGAAAGUACCUCAUUCGAUUUAGAAAGGACCACCACCGUAACAAAUGUUCUGAUCAACCAGGAAACAACAAUCGUCCCACCAAAAGACAUCUCACUUGAGGAUUCUUCAAACGUUCAAAAUUCGGGUCAAAUGGUCAAUAAAACGAAAGAUGAAUCAACCCCAACUGAAGAUUCAAUUUCCCCAAACGAUCAAAGCUCGAGCAAAAGUCGAAAUUCAACCCCCCGAAUAGGAAGAAAUGGAAAUGACCACAAAGGGAGAUUACAGCCCUUACCACUAAGUUACAAAAAUAAGCAAAGAUCUAUUGGUCAUCAAAAAUCAUUGAUAAAUGAUUAUCUUUUUUCAGAUAAAUCAAAAUCAAUAGAUUUUUUUGGGAUCCUUAAAUUAAUUUUAGAGAAAGAAACUUUAGAGCUUGAUUCGAAAAUUUUAGAUUUUAUGCAGAGUACAUCGUCGGAUAAGAGCGUCAGUUGGAACACCAUUUACAAUAUUAUUGCAUUCUGCUUAAAAUCUAAGGGCCUAUCUAGUAGGCCUCAUGCUCUGCCUCGAAACUGGUACAAUCAACCUAUUACAUUACUUCAACCGGACGUGCUUCCGAAGGCAGCAUUUGCCGAAUAUCUCGUUUCCGUUGAGCAACCUAUAGAAUCGACUUGGCUACCUGUUGGAUCAAAUAUUGAUACACCAAUGUUAGAUACAAGAGACCGGAAAGCAUUUGAAACUAGUUUGAUUGAUAUCUACGAAAGCGAGGCAAAUCCACUAACCGAGAUGGCAAGUAAUACUCCUUCAAGGAUUGAUCAUCUAAGACCUUGCUGGAAAACCCAGAGGAAUUGCUUUCCUCUUGGAGAUAAAACCCUUUGCAAAAAUAAAGUGAUUUGUAAAUCACCUGAAAUUGAAGAUAAGGGAUCUGUCAAGAAAAGCGGUGUUUAUAAUUUACAUAAUACUAUUUCCAAUUUGGAAAAUGGAAUUCCAAAUUUGGAGAGCGGCAUCCUCAGUUUGAAAAGUUCUAUUCCUUUUUUGAAGAAUUUAAUUCCGUUCUUGAAGAAUAACAUACCACUUUUGCAAAAUUUUAUUCCAAACUUGGAAAAUGCGCCUUUGGUCAGAAAAGAUGAGAGAUAUAAAAAUGUUGGAUACAAAGAUGAAAUGGAUCGUGUCGAGGUAAAAGUUUUAUCUGAUGACAUAAGUCAAGCUGAUAGGGCAAAACCUGGUAUUUUGACAUCUAAUGGAUCAACAACUGAAAUUACUUCGGGUACCAUUGCUGCGCUUCCAACCAAUGAUUCCAGUCCAUCUUAUGUAAAUCCAAUCAAAGGCAGCAACCCAAUGUUUGAUACAAACACAAUUGAUGAUGCUACUCGAAGAUUCAGUACAAGUAAACCCGAAAAUACAAACCUAACAGUUAGUUUAAAUUCAGCCAGUGAAAAUUUAAAUUCUCUGAAUAAACUUCUUAACAACCCAAAUAACCUAAAUAACUUAAAUACUCUAAGUUCGUUCAUCAAUGCUGGAUCUACCUCUGCGAAAGGUGACCAUGCGGACAGUGUUGAAGGAAAUAAGGACGAAAGUGCUGGAAGUAAAGAAUCAGUUCAAAGAGCGUUCACUUCGGAGCCAAUUACGGGCGGUAGCGACACUCUUCCCACGCUAUCAGUAUCGACGAAGCCCCUGUCCGUUUCGAUGAAUCAAAGUGUCCUUAAUGAAAUAACACCCACGUCGAAAACAGCCGAACCUGUUGAAUCUGGACCUGUUGCAACAGCUAAACGAUCCGAAACUAUUUUUCCGAGUGUUAGUCAAAUGGUCAGUCUCAGUAGUCAGUCAAAUGAAGGCUCUGUUAGUGAUAAUGAAGCAAAUUCACACAGAGCUUCUGCCGCCAAUUCUUUAGUUAACCAGAAAUAUCCAUUGGCUAAUUUUGAAAAAAAGAUGGGUAAUAUCAAUACAAAUUUAGAUAGAAUUGUGAAUACAAAUUUAAAUAGUGACCUGAAUAUAAACGCUAUCAGCAAAAUCAAUAAUGUUCUGAAUGCUGCUCGCAUCAACUCAUCAGGGAUCAGUGCGAAUAAUUCCUUGGAAGGCAUUCGUCAAAGUUUAAAGACAAAGCCAAAAUCAUCAAAUUCUCAGCACGUCAGGAUGAACUUGAAUCAAGACUCGAACGUGAAUAUUAACCAAGAUGAGAAUGUCAGCAAGCUGGAAAGGGGAUCUAUUGAACAGCCAAUGCAAGAACCUAUUAAGAUGCAAUUGCCAGUAUCUUCACAAACGGAACAUCAGAGUCCGUUGCCAAGAAAUACGGGAAUUGCAGGAUGGAAUGCAAAACAGGAUGGCAGUCUUAACGAGAAUCGCAAUCCUAACACAAACGUGAAUCAAAACGUGAAUACAAACCAGGGUAAUAUUGCGGGCCUAACACGUGGUGUAAAUCCUAUGCUUGCGUCUUCAGGUAUGAGCGUCAAUUCGAGUAAUGAUAUUAACAGGCUUAUUUCGGAUGGUGAUUUGAACAUGUUUGGGAAUUUGGGACUUUCAAGGAGAACAAACUCAGGGGUUGGUUUCAAGGGUCAACAAAUCUCUCAUGGACCAACUUUAGCACAAGACGUGUCUGUGGUUGAUGCUGUAUCAGCUAAUACAAACCUCAAUUACAAUUCAAAGGUAAACAGCGACUACAACGCCAAUUUGAGACAGGGUGACAGUCUGAAGAUGUCUAAAUCGAUAAGGGAUAUUCCAACUCCGACGCAGUCUUCUGAGCCUGUUGCAGUAGUACGAAAGGGAGGCAAGAUUAAUGUGAAUCCACAUAAUAAUGAUGGUGUUGAUUCAAAUUUCAAAGCACAUGCCAACUUUAAAUUGAACCUUGGGAGUGGUUUUGGUAUAAUCAAAAACAUGCUUUCAAAAAACCCGAUUUUAUCGGGUGGAAUUAUAAGUAGGAGGAUCAUGAAUUUGUCGCCUAAGGAUCAAAAUUUACAGGUUAACGUUGCCAAUCAAGACCAGAAUGAAAAUAAGAAUUUGAAUGUAAAUCAAAAUCAGAAUCUCAAUGAGAAUCAAAAUCCAUAUCACAGUCAGAUUCAGAGUGCAAAGCAGAUUCAAAAUUCUAAAGAGUAUUUAAAUCAGAAUUUGAAUCAAAAUCGUUACGCAAAUCUAGAUCAAAACGGAAAUCAACAUGAAAGUGUAGGUCAUGUUCCUCUAAAUCAAAAGGAAAAUCAAACUCAAAAUCAAAAACCAAAUGAGAAACAAGGACAAAAUGCGAUUAAUUAUCAGAAUCAAAAUUCAAAUCCGUAUGCAAAUCAGAACCUAAAUCAAAUUGAUAUACAAAGUCAGAAUCUGAUUUUAAACCAACUUCGAAAUCAGGAUCAGUUUCAACGUCAAAGUCAGCAUAAUCAAGAUCAUUCUUCAAAUCAAAGUUUAAAUCGGGAAUUAAAUCUGCAAAUGAAUUCGAAUUUAAAUCAAAAUCAGUUUAAGGAUCAAAUACAAAACCAGAACCAAGUUUACAGUCAGAACGGGAAUCAGUAUGAUCAGCUUCAAAACCAGGAUCAAGUUCAGAUUCAAAUUUCGAAUCAGUAUUUAAGUCAAAAUAAAAAUGCAAAUAAAAAUCAGAAUCAGAACUUAAAUGAUAAUGGAUAUCAAAAUCAGAACCAAUACCAGAAUCAAAUUAAACAACAGAAUACGAAUGAAUAUUUAAGUCAGAAACAAAAUCAAAAUUUUAAUAUGCGUGAGGAUGAACAUUCAAAUCAGAAUUUAAAUGAGGAUCAGAUACAGAACCAGUAUCAAUUUCACAAUCUGAAUGCGAAUCAGUAUCUGAAUCAAAAUCAAAACGUAAAUCUCAAUCUGCACCAGGAUCUUAAUGAGAAUUUAAAUACAAAACAGAAUUUGAUCUCAAAUGAUAGUGAUGAUCACAAUCAUGUUCAAACCCAGAAUCAAAUUAAUCAGCAGAAUAACUUGAUUCAGGAUUUAAGUCAAAAUUUAAAUCAGAAUUUAAAGAAGACACAAGGCCUCAAUCAAAAUCAUAAGCAGUAUCAAAAUGAGAUACAAAUUCAGAGUCAGAGUAAAAAUGAGAUUGAACAUCAACAUUUUAGUCAAAAUAAAGACCAGAAGGUGAAGCCGAUUAUAAAUGAGAAUCAAAAUCUGAAUCAAAUUCAAAAUUUAAAUGUUAAGCAGGAUCCACGGCGAUAUCUGAAUAUGAAUCAGAAUAUGGGUCUAAAUCGACAUCAGAAGCAGGUUCAGAACCAAAUUCAAAGACAAAAUUCCAACGAGCAUAAAAAUUCGAAUCAGUAUCAAAACCAGAAUGAGAAUCAAUUCCUAAAUAAAGUCCAAACUCAAUAUUUAAAGCAGGAUCUGAUGCAAAAUUUUACUCAGAAUCACAAUUCAAAUCAAAAUCAUGUACAAAAUGUGAAUCAAAAUCAUAUUCAAACUUCUGAUGUCAACAGUCCCGACAAAUCGGAAGAGAAGAAGAAAGGUUGGUACGAACUUUGGUUUAAUGAAGGAGAAGGGAAAGAUGAUUGGAUAGAAGUCUGGAAUAACAAAACGUUCAAAAGAUUUAGAAGGGAAACAAACCAUUAUUUUUAUUAAACCAAUAAAUAUUAUAAUAGAAAAUAAUGCGAUUUUACGAGUAUUUUAUUAUUAAUUAUUAAAAAUUUGAUUCCUCUUUAGAAUAUAUUGUUAUCAUUGUUAAGUUCUGUAAUUCGUUAGUCUUGCAAAUAAAAUUUAAAAAAGUGAUUUUCAAAAAUUAGCGAACUAUAAUUUUAUAUAAACCAGAGUAAUUCCCGUUUAUUACCAGGAGCGAACCAAGAACCUGCCUGGCAAUUAUUUCUCAAAUUGGAUAUUUGAAUUCAUUUAAUGACAUUGUAGUCUAUUGUUCGAGUUUUACGACUGUACACACGGACCACCAUGAAAC